AACCUUCGCCAGAACGCCUACUCAUUUGAGGGUUCUUCAGUGCAAAGAUAUCCUCAUUCAUCACAAGCCAGUGUCUCUCUCAGUGUGGUACAUGAUGUCGUACUGUGGACGAGAAGAACAGGAGAAAUCCCAAUAUACCGGAUUCCAGUUCUCACCUACACCCCGAGAGGACAUCUUGUAGCUAUAGUAGAGGGAAGAAAGGAAGCACCAAGAGACUCAAGUUCAAAGGUCUUUGCUGUGAAAAGAUCAACGGAUGAAGGUGCAACCUGGUCUUCCUCUGAGCAGUGGAUAAUGGAUGACGGAAAGCCACCGACAGAUGUAUACUCCAACUUGGGAACUGUUUUCGUUGAUGACACAAAAGCAAUUAUUUUCCUGAUGUACGUAUCGUUUGGAAUUUGCCCUACGAGAUCAGUGAUGUUGGUGAACAGUACGGAUGACGGCAUUACGUGGAGUAGACCGAGAAAUAUUACCGACCAAGUAGGGAAAGACUACGCCACUCAUCCCAGCCCAGGGUACGGUAUUAAGAAAGAGCACGAGCCAGCCAAAGGAAGGCUGGUUGUGUGCGGACACGGAUACAAUGACGGUGUGGGGAUAGUGCUGCUGCUGAGUGAUGACCACGGUGUGACGUGGAGACAUGGGGCCUUCGUACAGGGUAUACCGUUCCACAACAACACAGACGGAGACUUUGCUCCAGCUGAAUGCCAGCCGGUGGAACUACCAGAUGGAAGCUUGUAUCUAGUUGUACGCAAUCAGCAUCAGUACAAGUACCACUGUAAGAUGACCAUGCGGAGCUUCGAUGGAGGAGAAACGCUGCCACGGAGGUACAUGUUUUUGGACAGGUCGCUCGUGGAGCCAAAGAUCUCGUCCGGAUUGUGGUACCACAACGGAACCAUGUUCUACUCUGGGCCGAAAAGUGAAACAGAACGUCGGAGAUUGUGCAUCAGAUGGAGUCACGACUACGGAAACACUUGGACCUCAGGGACAGAGAUAUGGGGGGACUUGGCAGGAUACUCCACACUCAUGAUGCUUCCUCACGAUACAAACCAUCUCUAUAUACUGUAUGAAAGAGGAGUAAGAAAGUAUUAUGAUCAAGUCGCGUUUACAAAAAUCAAACUAUCAAUGGAGAAGGGUCGUAAUACCUUAUGAGAAUAAGGAGAGGGAGGAUGCUUCCCGUAGUAGUUAGAUCAAAAUGGACUUCGAAAACAGAAUUUGGCGGGAACACAGAUGACGUCAUUCAACACAAACAGUUCAUUGGUCUACAACAGUGACAGCUUUGGGAACUCGUCCUACCAGUUUGUUCGUUCAUGUUGGAUUGGAGGUUAAAAGUCAUCAACAUUAUGUCCCCAUUAGGGGAGAAUUAGUGGGCACAUGUAAACACAGUUAAAUGCAUAUCUUAGCAUUGAUUCUUCAUGAAAUGCUGAUAUGUCGAAGUUAUAAAAGACAGUGGUACAUGAGUACUAGACAUGCUGAAUGCACAACAUUUUUCAAUGUUCAUGAAUACACGAGGCAUGGGACUUCUGAAUGUCCUUUAAGUACAAAAGCUUU